UUCUCAAUUGAUGCAUUCUCUUAGUUUCAGGCUUUUCAGGCCAUCUUCCUCUUCUCCUCCCCGUGUUGAGGAAAUUGUUUCCAAAAUCAGAUGUAUGUCGGCGCUUACACCAAUUCUACUUUUCAAUUAACAACGACACUGCCACUUCUCCACUUUCUCUCUCCUCCCAAAUCCUCCCAAAAAUUCCUCAAUUUCAUCAAUCACACUACACUUUUCCAAUCAAUAUAAACCCUAGAAAAUUGUAAUGUCGCAACUCAAUCUCAAAUCACCCACUCAUCACUACAAUUAGGAGAGAGAAAUCAGUUUCAAAAAUGGCAAAACCGACAUCAUCAUCAUCGUCGUCAUUCCACCUGCAAUCCCUAAAGAAGAAGAAAUGGUUAUUAACGAUCUUAGCUCUGUUUUCGAUUUCUACCCUUAUUGUUCUGCUCAUUCGAGCUAAUAUAUCUCCUUCUUGCGAUGAUCGAUUGUUAUAUGGCGCUAAAGAUUCCGAUAAGAUCCUUAAUUCGCCUUCGGGUUCGUCAUCUUCGUCGUCGCGGUCGAGUCCUCUUCACUUCAUGAAAUCUAAGCUUGUUCUUUUGGUGUCGCAUCAACUCACACUCUCUGGUGGACCUCUGUUACUGAUGGAGUUGGCAUUUCUGUUGAGAGGUGUUGGUGCUGAAGUUGUGUGGAUUACUUAUCAAAAACCAGCUGAACCAGAUGAGGUUGUAUACAGUUUGGAAAAUAAAAUGCUAGACAGAGGAGUACAGAUUCUUCACGCAAAGGGCCAAAAGGCUAUUGAUACUGCUCUGAAAGCUGAUCUAGUUGUUUUAAAUACUGCUGUUGCUGGGAAAUGGCUGGACGCAGUGCUGAAGGAUAAUGUUCCUCGCGUUCUUCCAAAGAUAUUGUGGUGGAUUCAUGAGAUGCGAGGGCAUUAUUUCACUUUGGAGUAUGUGAAGCACCUACCGUUUGUGGCAGCUGCUAUGAUUGAUUCUCACACCACUGCAGAAUAUUGGAAAAACAGAACUAAAGAACGUUUGGGUGUAAAGAUGCCAGAUACAUUUGUUGUGCACCUUGGAAACAGCAAGGACCUUAUGGAAGUUGCUGAGACUAGUGUUGCAAAGAGAGUUCUACGUGAACAUGUCCGAGCAACCCUUGGGGUACAGAAUGAGGAUCUGCUCUUCGCUAUCAUAAAUAGUGUUUCUCGAGGAAAAGGGCAGGAUCUAUUUCUGCGCGCAUUCCAGGAAAGCCUGCAGAUUAUUAAAGAAAAGAAGCUGCAGGUGCCUCCUGUGCACGCGUUAGUAGUUGGAAGUGAUAUGAAUGCACAAACUAAGUUUGAAACAGAACUCCGCAGCUUUGUUAUUGAGAAAAAGAUUCAGAAUCGCGUUCAUUUCGUUAAUAAGACUCUGACUGUAGCUCCAUAUCUUGCCGCAAUUGAUGUUCUCGUCCAAAACUCACAGGCACGCGGAGAAUGUUUUGGAAGGAUAACCAUUGAGGCUAUGGCAUUUCAGCUUCCCGUGCUGGGAACAGCUGCUGGAGGCACCAUGGAGAUAGUCGUGAAUCAGACAACAGGUUUGUUGCAUCCUGUAGGAAAAGACGGUGUCACCCCUCUGGCGAGGAACAUUGUGAAACUAGCAACCCAUGUUGAGAGGAGGCUGACUAUGGGAUGGAAAGGCUAUGAAAGGGUAAAAGAGAGGUUUCUCGAACACCAUAUGGCAGAGCGAAUAGCGUAUGUCCUUAAAGAAGUGUUAAGAAAAGCGAAGCACAGUACUUGAUUUGCCGUAAGGGUCUUGGCUUGCAUAGUAUGUAUAUGGUCCCCUAAUCCCUAUUGGAAUGGAUGGCCAUGUUUCUGUUUAGAGGAGGACCCAACCUCCUUGAAAAAGGUUGUACAAUUCUUAGGCGGCGAGCUGUUUCAAGUUCUAACAUAUAGGGAGAGUAGAAGGGCGGAAAUUUCACAAAUCAGUGUAUAUGUUGAAUCAUAAAUUUUCAGGGAAAUUAGUGUUCAUGUCAUUCUUGAUACAA